AUGGCAGUCCAGAAACUUUAUCCACGAGGAACAGUCAAGCGAAUUGUCAAAGCCCACUCCAAUCGGAGCGUGAGCAAGAAUGCCGAUAUCCUGAUCUUCUUGGACUACAUACUAUUCAUGCAAGAGUUAAUGCGCGAGGCAUCGAUUCGGUCACGCAAGUCUGGCGAGAAGAAUAUCUCAGCGAAUACCGUGCGCAAAGUCACUGAGAAAACACUGCGCAAGUUCCAGGGAUAG